GUCAGUGUGGCGAGGGACGCUCUACCCAGAGGCUUGUUUUGUUUCUUGCAGCAUUAGACACAUGGAUAUAGCAGCCACUUAGUAACUAAGACGUCAUUAUUUUAACAUGAAAUGCUGUAGACAGCAAAGACAGGGUGAAACGUGGCCAAAAAAAGGGGAAUGCUAAUAGAGGAAAGUCUGGAUCGAAGGACCAACAGACUGAGACAUGUCUCCUGCUGAGAGGCUUAAGGUGCUCCUCUUCUUAGCGUUGUUCUUUGGAGCUAUAGGAUUUCUGUUCACGCUGCUCUCCUGUGGGACGGAGUACUGGCUGCUGGCCACUGAGUCCUGCAGCCAGCCAGAGGUCGGCUAUGGAGGAAGAGGUCUGAGAGAGGGGAAGAGCAGCACCAAGGCCAUAGGCGGUGUGAGGAUCUUCCAUGAGGGUCUGUUUUGGCGGUGCUCUUUCACAGCUGUUUCAGAUGAACACACUAUAUGGGACCUUUGGAUCUGUAAGAACCCUCACUCUGCAGUUGUGUCCGACAAAUUUGGCAGCAGCAUCUUAACUUCCUUUUUCCCUUCAGCAAAUCAGCCACCAUCAAAAGUCUGCCAUACUGCUUUCCUCUUCCCGUUUCCUGUUUAUGAGCCGAUGCAAUCAAGGGGGGAGCCACAUGGUUUUCCCGCAAAUCCAUAUGAACAUCACUCUGCCAUUGUUUUUAGGACCUUCUGGAGCAUCUUCCUCGUCACAGGUUUGGCUGCUGUCAUCAUCGGUGGAUUUGUUGUCAUCUGUGCUGGCCCACUGACCAAUCACAGGCUCUUUAAAGUGGGCGGGGCCCUUCUGUUUUGUGGCGGUCUGUGUCUGCUGGCAGUGGUGGUGAUGUAUGUGAUGUGGAUCCAGGUCUUGGACACUCUGGAGCAGUUUGCUCUUCAUCAGAGAGUCUCCACUUGCCCCUCGUUUCACCUCAGUGUCCAGCACGGUCCAUCUUUCCUUCUGGCUACGGUCGCUGUCUUCUUCUGUCUGCUGGCUGGCGUGCUCUUCAUCCUGAUUGGUCGGAGCAUUCAGGGGAUACAGAUGGAUAAAAGAGGCAAAAUUCCUGAUCUUCCAACAUCUGAUGUUUUACCUGUGACUCCCUCCGUAAAUACAGAGGAUUCAGUUUAAACAAGUGCCAUGAUGGGAAUUAUAUGAGGCCACUAAAAAAUGUACUGUAAUGUAAAUGUACUGAUAAAAAUGUACAUGUUGUCCUAACUUGAGGUUUAGUCGGGCAGCAUAAGUAGAAAAAACAGUGUUUUAUAUAUUAUGCGUGUGUAGAGUAUGUAAAAGGAGUUUAGAGGAACUUGUUCUUUAUUUGAAUAUUUCAUUUUAUGCAACUACUUUUCUACAGAACUGCAUUUCAUUUCAUUGCAUGUCAACCAGCUACAACAUUGAAAGUUCAUCAAUAACAGUAUUCCAAUAGAUGACAUUCAUAAUGUGAACUUUAUUACUUUUAAUAAAUUUAAUCUUCCUUGUA